ACUCUGACAAAAUGAGUUUCACCUCCCUGUGUUGUUACCAGAGGAGGGUUGAUGCACAUGGAUCAGGUUUGACUGACAGACUGGAUUCUAGCCUCACACAGAUCAUUUCUCGCUUGGGACUGAGGGCGAUCGAUCGAAGCCAGCUUUACGUGACGGAUGAACAGCAUUUUCAUGCUUACCCCUGGCUACAAUGAUGCUGUGAUGGGUUUGAUGGAGCUGACCUGUGUUGGAGCUUCAGAUCAAUAUCAGACCGAGCUUUUUUUAAGAACACUAUUUCCUCCACAACAUGGCCGGGAGUCAGAAUAAUGUCUGGAGACAGCAUGACCUGAACAGAGUGUGCUUCGGCCUGAGUGCUGACGCAGAGCAAAACCUGAAGGAGCUUCAACAACAGCAAAUGGCCAAGGAGUUCAACUCCAACCUCUCUCUCUCCCAGCCUCCAUUUUACUCUGAUUCCUGCCGCCUAGCAUCUGAUAACAUACUGCUGCCCAGUGAGGGAGACCAGGUGGUCCCUUCUUCCCUGAGACAGACAGUGUUUGGGAGUGAUCAGAGGGAGGCCAAACCCCUGCCACCUCUGCCAGACCCUGAGGAGCUUAUGUCAGAUGAAGCAGCUGAUAAUGAGGUUGAGUUCUUUACCAGUGACCGACGCCCCCUUUUGCCCAAAAGCUGCCCUAAGCCCAUGUGCAGGAGCAGCAACAAAGACUUUGGCCAAGUAAAUUAUGCCUACCAAGAGAGUUCAUUGAGGGCUGGAGAUGCUGAGGUUGGCUCCAUGGCUUUUUCUUGGCCAAGCAGAGAGGACCGACCAGCGUUUGGAGGAGGCAGGUUUGGAGCCAACAUCUGGUCUCUUCGUCACCAGAGAGAUGAAAACCACCCUGUGCUGUCAGCAGUUGGGGAUACUUCUGAAGUCAAACAGCCAGACCACCACCUAUCAUCUAGAAUCCAGUUUUCUUGCUCGGGUCCUAUCGCUCAACCACCGUGGUCCACCAGCAAGCCACAAAUCCCUCCACGUAUCCCCAUCCCACCGAAACCUGCUGCACUUUCAAAGACUGGGAAUGAUGAAGACAAGCCUCCCAAAAUCCCUCCUAGGGUCCCUUUAGUCCCACCCUGCCCACCACGCACCCCAAGCCCUAAAAGUCUUCCAAUCUAUAUCAACGGAGUGAUGCCUGCCACUCAGAGUUUUGCUGCUAACCCAAAAUAUGUUAGUAAGGCAUUACUGAGACAGCACAGUGACAGGGAGCCACCUGCAACCCAGUUUUCUCCCUGCAUUGUUCCCAUUUUGAAGGAUGGCAGAAAGGCCAGCGCAACACACUACAUCCUGCUGCCGCCGGGCCGACCUCCAAACGCAGAGAGACGAGAAAGACUCCUGAGUGAACCGGCUAAGGCAGGAAGCAGCAGCUUCUGGCAGAAAAGGUAGAAAUCAUCGCCAUGUUUGAAACUAGAUGGGUACAAAGUGGUGACUGACAUCAUUAAUUACCAUGUGAUACAUAACUGUACAGUGUGUGAUAAUAUCUGCUCACAUGUGUAAUGUAUUGUUAUUUUCAGUGACUGAUGUGUUUGGUGUAAUAUCCACGAGGUUUUUGACUGAACAUUUUACCAAUCAGUAUUUUAGUGACGUCUCCUCCACUUCAACCACGAGGACAUCAUAAUCAUACAGUAUUUUCACUAAUAGAGAAGAGAUAUUUAUUUUCUAUGAUCAUUUGGCAGUUUGGGAUAACUAAGAUACUGCCGUUUUCUUACUGAAAAAAUGUAUCAUCACUUGUGAAUUUUUAAAUCCAACUCAUGUCACUAAAAACAGCCUUAGCUAAUGCAAUAUAUAUCUUACAAGAGAGCGCAUCUUUACAAAUGUACAAGCUGGGCUUGUGCCAAACUGUUCCACGUCUUUUUUUUUUUUUUUAUGACAGUGCUGCUUGAAAAGUAUAAUGUAUUGAUAGAGUUAAUGUUUUCCCAAAUGAUUCUCAAAUUUGGAUUUCUAGUAAUUUUGCAGAUGAAGAUGGCUGAUGUUAAGACCACAACCCCAAGCUAAUUCUGUAAGCAUUUCAGUGCUUGCACUUGAAUUAGCUAAAUUUUGGCUCAUAUCACAAAGUUGAUCUUUUCUUUGAUUUACAUCAAACUAGAUGGUGACUGCAGAGUACCCACCAUCUUCAUUUAAAGCACCCAGUUGUUCAUGUUAUUCAUUGUUUAUUUAAAGCUACAUUCUGAGCUUACCCACAUUUAAUUAGAAACUUUAUUAACACCCACAGUCACACUUACACUGAAAGGUCUUUAAACAUAUGAAGAACAAGUCAAAGGUUUUACAUGUUGAGUUUUUAAAUAGAGCAGAAAAUUAUCAGCUGAUCCUUAUAAAUAAUUUUUAAUGAUGAAAAUCUGGUGUACUUUUUUUUUUUUUUUUUACUGUGUGGGCAUGGAAGUUAUGUUACGUUUACACUGAGGUGCAGGCCCACGUUUACCUUUGUUACACCGACCUCUAUGAAGUUCUCAUGAAGGUUCUGUAUCAGAUUUGGCCCAAGCAAUGGCUGUUUGUAAGUUCAUAAUUUUGUGUCAAUUGUAAAAAUUGUUUUUAAUCUAUUUAUAGAAAUAAAUAACUUAUUCAUUCUAA